GAAGUCAAAUAAACACCGGCCGAAAUGUCAUCAACACGUUGCGCGGCCGCUUUGGUGGCUCGAUCAAUUCCGGUUUGGUUAUCGGUGACGAGGCAAUCACUGCUGUGUGCCGGAUUCAACACCAGUGCUAUAAGUGCAGUCCGCAGUAGAUUCGCUUCCUCGGCUACUUCGCAUCACCUCAAAAGAGCAGCCAGAAUGUACAUCGCGGAAGAGAGAGGAUCGGCUUACUCGCCAGAUUAUCGGGUCUAUUUCAAGGACGAGAGCGGCCCCAUAUCGCCCCUGCACGACAUCCCGCUGUGGGCGGACCGCGACCAGCGGCUCGUCAACAUGGUGGUGGAAGUCCCGCGCUGGACCAACGCCAAGAUGGAGAUCAGCCUCAGCGAGCCGCUCAACCCCAUCAAGCAGGACGUGAAGAAGGGCGCGCUGCGCUUCGUCAGCAACGUGUUCCCGCACCACGGCUACAUCUGGAACUACGGCGCGCUGCCGCAGACGUGGGAGAACCCGCGCCACGUGGACCCCGGCACGCAGGCCCGCGGGGACAACGACCCCAUCGACGUGAUCGAGAUCGGGCAGCGCGUGGCGGCUCGCGGGGACGUGGUCGCCGUCAAGGUGCUGGGCGCGCUGGCGCUGAUCGACGAGGGCGAGACGGACUGGAAGCUGGUGGCCGUGGACGCGCGCGACCCGGCGGCGGCGGCGCUGCGCGGCGUGGCGGACGUGGAGCGGCUGUUCCCGGGGCUGCUGCGCGCCACCGUGGAGUGGUUCCGCCUCUACAAGGUGCCCGACGGGAAGCCCGUCAACCAGUUCGCCUUCGACGGGGAGGCCAAGGACAAAGAGUUCGCCUACAAAGUCAUUGACGAAGUGCACGAGUUCUGGCGCGCGCUGGCGAGCGGCGAGGUCACAGACGCUGCGGAUAUCUGCAAGACCAACGUGUCGCUGCAGUGGUCGCCGAGCCGCGUGGAGCGCGCGGAGGCGGGCGCGCUGCUGGCGGGCGCGGCGCCGCGCGGGCUGCCGCGCGCGCCGCCGCCGCACGUGGACAAAUGGCACUUCGUGUCGAACAUCUAACGCGGCCGUCGCGCGCCGCCGUGUCGUGUCGUGAGCGGGCUCCUGCGGCCCGUCUGUUUAUUUAUUGCUGACUCGCAUCUCGACGAUGUCGUUAAGCUAGGGUCUAAGUGAGAAUAUUAUAUAAGUGUAAUGUAAAACGUGUUAAAAUACACUAUUUCUGAAAA